AUGUUGUCCCCCAGUCCUAGGCCCAACCAUAGCGGCGAGGUGCAUCCGCUGCUCGAGACGCACGCCGCCGUGCCGCUCACGCAGCAGCCGCCGACCAGCCACCGCGUCAGUCGCUGGGGCGUGCUCGCAGUCACCUCGACGCUGCUGUUCGGCGCCGCGGUCUUCGGCGUGUUCAAGCCCAGUCCGUCGACGCUGCGCAGCGUGACGACCGUGGCGCCCGAUGCCAAGUUCGACCUGUUCACGCCCAUCUUCAACGCCGAGGUCCCGCCUGAAAGCCUCUUCAACCACACGGACGCCCACAAGACGCUGCUACCGCCCAAGUACCUGGCCCCGGGCCUCGUGGGCUCGCGCCCCAUCCCGACCAACGACUGGUGGGGCAACAUGAUCGGCGCCACCGCCGAGGAAGACGUUGUGUACCCCGUUUGGACCAACCCGUACAGCGUCACGCCCUCCAUCUACAUGGAGCCCUUCGGCCUCACGAUGAACUACCCGUUCACGACCCGCGAGUUCGGCGGCGGCCUGACCGGCAACGGCGAUGCCGAGAUGUACUACCUCCACGGCCAAGUGCCCGAGUUCACCUUCUCCGCCACCGAGUUCUCCAACGCGUCGCACCCGGUCUUCGAGGUCUUCGACUGGGACGACCUCAGCGUGCAGCUGCGUUUCAUGGACCGCCGCGACAACUCCAAGAAGUUCGAGGCGACGCUCGCGAGCGGCAUGGCCUUCGUCACCGUGCACUACUCGGGGCUCACGCCGCGCUUCCAGACGGUGUACAACAUCUCGACCAUCAACGGCCUCGACGCCACCGAGUCAAUCAACCGCCCACUUACCAACACCCGCUACGUGCUGCAGUUCGACAACGGCGCCACCUGGACGCUCUACUUCUCCACGCAAGUCUCGCUAUACUUCGAUGGCCACUCGACGCUCGACAUGAAGCAGCCGUUCACGGGCGUGUCCCGCGUGGCGCUGAUCCCGGACGCCUCUGCGCAGGAGCAAAAGGUCUUUGACGACACGGCGAGCUGCGUGCUCAACGGUGGCCGAGUGGAGGCCCACAACGAGAACGCGUACGCGUACAAGUGGCAGACCAGCGGCGACUGUGCCACCAGCGGAAUGCUGCACUACGCGCAGGUGCACCACAUCGACACUCUGGACCGCAGAUACGCUGUGGAGGCUGAGGGAGUCGCUGCUCACUCCACGACGCGCGGACUCAUGCAGGGCGUGGUGACCAAGACGUCGCCGCCCGAGUGGCGCAUGGUGGAGACCGUGGAUUUCCCGAUUGACUUCUACCCGCCUCGGAAGCCCGACGCUAGCGUCGUCGCAAACUACGAGAUGAAGAAGAACCUUAUCGCCGAUAUCGACUCCGAGUGGUCCAUCGCGCUGGGCCAGAGCUACUACUUCAACGGCAAGGCCGCGCAGAAGUACGCUUCUCUCUGUCUGAUGGCUGGAGAUGCAUCCGUUGUGGGCGCAGACGACACGACGCUACUCCCGCGCUGUAUCAAGAAGCUGGAGGGCAUGUUGGCGCCGUUCCUCAACAACACGUGGACCAACCCGCUCAACUACGACACCAUCUACCGCGGCGUGGUAAGCUCGCAGGGCUUCACCCUCCACGACCCGAACGUGGACUUCGGCAACACCAUGUACAACGACCACCACUACCACUACGGCUACUGGGUCGUCACCGCCGCUAUCAUCAACAAGCUGGACCCCACUUGGUCGGGCAUCCCCGCGCUCAACCGCAUGGCCGGCUUCUUGAUCCGCGACGUCGCCAACCCGUCGGACGCCGACCCGUACUUCCCCAAGUUCCGCAGUCUCGACUGGUACCGCGGCCACUCGUACUCGCACGGCAUCACGGCGCUGGGAGACGGCAAGGACGAGGAGAGCACGUCCGAGGACAUGAACUUCUACUACGGCAUGACGCUGUUGGGCAAGGUCACGGGUGACACCCACCUUGAGACGGUUGGCAAGCUCAUGGUCAAGCUCAACGCCCGCGCUAUUCAAACGUAUUUCCUGCUCGAGGACGGCAACCGCGCGCACCCGGACCGCUACCGCGACAACAAGGUCAUGGGCAUCCUCUUCGACAACAAGGUCAACUACGCCACGUGGUUCAGCGGCGAGAAGUACGCGAUCCACGGCAUCCAGAUGCUGCCGGCCACGGCCGUGACCGAGUUCGUGCGCACGCGCGACUUCGUCUCGCAGGAAUGGGACCAGAUCCUGUCGCGCGAGUCCAUCGUCCAGAACGACGAGCAGACCAACCCGUGGCUCUCGCUGCUCUACAUGAACUACGCCACCGUCAACAAGGAGUUCGCGCUCGAGAAGCUGCGCAACGUGACCAUGGACGACGGGCUCUCCCGAUCGUGGGCCAUGUACAUCGCAGCCACCCGGCCGUAG